CAACAUUUUCAUCAUUGUGCAUGAAUUUAUCACACUUUAUAUUAUAGUUGGUUGAAAUGGCGACUAUAGCGCAUGAGUCUGGUGGCUUUUUUGAAGCAUUGUUCGCAGAUGUAUGCAAGACGAUAACUGGUAAAGGCCUGCAAGAGCAACUUUCAUGUUCAUUCGCUUCUUUGGAAUCAGAUGAGGAACGUGCAAAAUUCAUUUUGGACUGUGAUGUCAUAAUAGAAAAACUGCAGGCCAAAGAAAGAUAUAGUGGGAAGGAUGUUGAAAAAUCGCUCAAGUUCCGAAGUGAAGGUAACAAGUUAUAUCAAAAGCAGUUGUAUGGCGCUGCCCUGGAGCAUUAUAACAUGAGCGUCUUAUAUGCCCCCUCCCCGGUUGCAGCUGAUGGUGAAUGUAAUAGUGAGCUUUCACUUGCCCUCGCCAAUAGAUCUGCUGUUCUAUACCAUACAAAAAGGUAUCAUCUUUGCAUCAUUGAUAUAGAAGAGGCCCUUGAAAGUGAGUACCCCAUUGAACUUAAGUACAAGCUAUUUGACCGAAAAGCCAAGUGUUUUGAAUCCCUCUACAAGCAUAAUAGUGCCCUGGAUAGCUUUGAUAUGGCAGUUGAGUUCCUCGCCAAUGCCAACAUUGAUGAAAAGAAAAAAGUAGCGUGGAAACGUGAUAUCGACCAACACAUGGUUGUGAUAAAAAAGAAGCAAAAGGGACCUUUGCAUUCGUACCCAGACAUGUCUGAAAAACCACUGCCUACAGUGUCUUACGGUCAGAACGACAUUUUCCCGGCAGCAUCUAAAGCAUUCGAUGUCUCCUAUAGACCAGAUUGUGGAAGGUUUGCCACAGCAAGUGAAGAUAUCAGAGUCGGUGAUGUGAUGAUCGUGGAUAAACCGUUUGCAUCUGUCCUUCUUCCCACUGUAUAUAGGACCCACUGCUAUCAUUGUAUGAAGCGAGUAGUUGCAGCCAUCCCUUGUACGCAAUGUAGCGCUGUAAAAUUCUGCACCUUCAGUUGUAGGAAGGAAGCCUGGUCAUACCAUCAAGUUGAAUGCAAGUUUUUAAAAUUUCUACUUGAGAGUGGGGUUGGGAAAUUUGGACUGUUGGCAUUACGAACAAUCCUUAAAGCAGGAUGGAAAUUUUUGAAGGAAUACAAGUCUGUUUAUCACUCCGGAGAAGAGCUUGACCCAAGUAUGCUAGGCUUUGAUGAAUAUGGUUUCUAUGCUAACGACUACAAUGCAAUCAUCAAUCUAGUCACACAUGCCGAGGAUCGGGAGCCAAGUGAUCUCUUCCGUCGUGGAGUCAUGGCCAUUUUUCUUCUGAAAGUAUUGCAAUCAGGGGGAUUCUUCUCUUUGGGGGUUACAGAUUCUACAUGCAAGGAUUCUGUCACGCCAACCCCUGAUGACCUUGCCUAUGUUGGUGGUCUUCUGUUGAGCCAUAUUCAGCUACUUCCGUGUAAUGCACAUGAAAUUACAGAGCUUGGUCUAACCGAUGAUAUCGCAACUUCACACCCCGUUGAGAUUGGUGCUGGCAUUUACAGCCACCUAAGUCUGCUCAAUCACUCCUGCGAUCCUGCCGUCAAUCGUAACUACUAUGGUGAUGUUUGUGUCGUGAGAGCUAUAAGAAAUGUGCCGAAAGGGGAAGAGAUCUCAGAUAAUUAUGGUGCUGUUUAUGCUGUCCAUAACAAGGCAGAGAGACAUGAAAAAUUACAACCGCAAUAUUUUUUCUCGUGUGAAUGUGAGGCUUGCAUUUUCGACUGGCCCUUGUAUUUUGACAUUGAAAACAAAGUGCCUACUUUUAAGUGUGAUAAAUGCUCCACCCCCAUCCCUUUACCCACUGGAUGUAUUAAUAACCCAAACACGAAACCAGUGCAUUGUUCCGAGUGCCACCACCCCCAAAACCUAACGGCAAAGUCGAAGAUCCUCAAACGUGCCACUGAAUUAUUCAGCGUUGCUAUGGAUAAGAUGCUGAAAGGAGAGGUUGAAUCUGCACUUCCGACUCUGGAGAAUCACCUCUUUCUAUUGGAUAAGCUGAUAUGUCGUCCGUGGCGGGAAAUUAACAACUGCCAAGAGGCGAUCAAGCAAUGCUACAGCAUUAUGGGAAAUUGUCAUAGACUGGAAUCAAAAUGUCAAGCUGUUAAUAAUGGACUGUAGGUCAAAUGUGUAAUGCAACAAUGUACAAUGUACAGUAAAACCUGUAUGUACAAUGUACAGUAAAACCUGUAGGACAUGAAAAUCUGUGUUCAGCUUUCAAGAUAUUAACUUUAUGAAUCUACGUAUUUAACCUUAUUAUGGAUCUGCAGCUAUAUUUAACUUUUGGCCAAUAGAUCAUAAUGUUAUAACAUUUUUUGUUUAACUGAGGUGUUUGAUACCCCAUAUGUCCAUAUUUACAGGUUUUACUGUACAUGUAGGUUUAUUACAAGGUAGUCUAACCUUUACUUACUCAAAUGAUUUAUUGUAUGCAACUACA